UAAUCGAAGCUUUACACACUGAUGGAUAUUGCUCAAAUAAUAAGGGGAGCUGGGUUAAAAAAUACCUUCAUGAUUAUGUUUAGGGAUGGCCUAAUUGACUGAAAAUCAAUAGCUGGAGUCGCCUUUAAAACUUGUAAUGACUUGCACAUCAUUGGCGCUGUCUAAAUUAAAUUACGUAACGAAGGAAAAUGUUAAAGACGUUAACGUUUCCUACGACUAUAGCGAUACUGAGGCGAAGCAGACAAUCAUCAACAAAGGAUAUGACAUAGCCUACUUCUGAUGUUUGGAUCUAGAAAUGGGCCCACAGGAUCUGGUCACACCAAAGAAAAAGUCAAAGACCUGAAAGCCCCGAUUCCCUUCAUAACACCCUCAGCUAGGGCAUACUUUGAGGAAAUUUGCAGCUACUCUUAUCUACGAAUUGUCCAAAGCUGAAAGACAAGUAAGUAAGUAAGAACUUACUGAAAAUUUGAAAACAUACGGUGACGGCUUUCACAUCAUUCGAAGUGCAACGUACUUACGUCUUAUUCCAAAACGGUCAACUUCUGUUGAAGGAAAAAGGCACGUCAAUGCAGUUCCAGUAAAACUUAGCAGGCCCUAAGGAGAUCGUCAUGCAAAACAUCCUGAUGGUUACUUUUGUCAUGCGACGAUUAAGAAUUUGGAAACGCCUGCUGCAGUUCUAGGAGCACAGUCUGUUAUAUUUUUGUCGCCAGAUUAUAAAGCCAUAGCUCUACUAGAUAUCACCGCCGUCAAAAAACAAGCUCCAAUUCUAAUGCAUUUAGAAUUUAGAGUAACACUUCCGGAUCAUGAUUGGGUCGUUGCUGCAAAACACAAGCUGCCUCCAUCAGUCGUUGCUGGGAUUUGCACCAAGCCGAACGAUGAAGGUCGACCUAAAUCUGAGACAUAUUCUGGACCUACAUUCAUCUCAGUAAGGAGUGAAAAACACUGCUCUUCAAGUGCUGAGACGCAUGGCGCUUAUUUCGAGCACUUAAUGGAGAUUUCAAAUUUUGACAUCAUAACGAAGAAUUCUCAAGGCGAGGUGAAACCGGUUCUGAUCAUGAUUAUCGACGGUGGUCCAGAUGAAAAUCCCAGAUACCCGCGAAUUAUUGCCACAGUUAUUAAACAUUUCAAGAAAUACAAUUUUGAUGGCGUAUUCAUUGCCACCAAUGCGCCUGGGAGAAGCGCGUUUAAUAUAGUAAAAAGACGAAUGGCGCCUUUGAGCAACCAAUUAAGUUGAGUAAUUUUGCCACCUGAUCAUUUCGGAUCGCAUUUGUACUCUAGAAAUCGAAAAUUGACAAAGAGCUGAAAAUGAAAAAUUUCGAGUAUGCUGGAGAAGUUUUGGCUGAGGUCUGAAAUAAGAUGAUAAUUGAUGAUCACCCAGUAUAUGCAGAGCACGUUACAUCUGAAACGACACCUUCAACUGUUUCUCCACCACAACGCGCGUUCCAGAUUCACAGUAUUUUUAUAAAUUGUUAAGUAAAAUGACGAAAAAUGCUGUGCCGCGUAUCGAAGUAGUCUUUGCGAUAUUUUGCAAGAUGGAUUUUUACCGCUACCAAUACCACCGGCCAUAAAUGUUACAAAGUUUGCACCAUUGCUACUUCAGCUUUAUGUGAAACUCACGCCAGAGCAAAAAGAUUUUGUGAGGUUGCCCUACAAUUUCUAUAGCCCAACUAUUUCGGAUGAGCUCGUCAAAAGAACAUGUAAAACAUGUGACAGUUAUUUUUGUUCAGCACAUUCAUUGUCAGCUCAUGUUAAAAAUAUCCACGGAAAAAUGAAGAAAAUUAAAAAACGUAAAGUAACGAAAAUUGAAGCAAGAAGAAAGGACGAAGUUUUGUGUCUUUUAAGAAGUACUACGCGCAAUACUGAAGAUGUGGAAUGGAAAAAUGAAAGCGAUGUCGAAUAUUCUGCAUUCAGUGUUGAUGAUAAAAAACGAAAAGCAGUCGUUGAAAAUUUCCAUUAAACGUGUUCAUAUAUUAUUAGAUG